GUAAAUGGCGCGAAUAGCUCUAUACAGCGACCAGUCGAUUAUUCUCUCCCGGGGAGUCAGCCUGCUCUCAGGGAUUACGUUAUCAGUAACUGUGCGCGUGAGUUACUGCCCACCCGUCUGUUGCAAUGUGUAUGUAGGUUCAUUGCCAAGAGCACUACAAUUGGAACUCCAACGUAGUUAGUAAGGCUGAGAAUGGGUGGAUGUUUUGGUUUGAGAAUUCUAUCGAUAAUUUCCACCCAGGGUGGUCAUCUCCCAGAUAAAAAUUCACUAAUAAGUUAACAGAGUUUGAGAGCGUUCUCAGUGAUGGUAGUACACACUGCACAGUUAUUCUGGAAUCCAGUAUUCUUGUCCAUCGGACUUAUGUGCUCAAUCCAGCGGAGUCAUCUCUCGCUCUCGCAUCUAAGCCGCAUCGUGCAUCGUUCAGAACUCCGAGCGGGGUUCAGCCUCUCACACAAACUGUGUCCCAACAUCCCUUUGGACCACUACUACCGGAGCCGCAAUCGCAAUGAUCAUCAUUCAUAUAUGCACCGUCCGCUCCGUUGGAGCACUGCGCCCUGCUGUACUACCCUGCUGCUGACGGAUUCCCGCUCGCUCAGCCGUCGACGAGUGGAUGUCGCCCAAGGCACCGGCAGUCGCACUUACACCAGCGCAAGCUGUAUAAAUUCUGAUCAACCGACAUCUGGCAAUUUAGUUGCAGUCUGAUAUUUCAUACGAACGAUUGGAGACAAUCUGCUACGAAGAACGGACCUUUCUCGGCUGUGCUGUGUGCGUCAGAAGAUGAUGUGCUGUGCUAUGCUGUGCUGCUACAAAACAACAAAAAACAUUUAAGUGCAAGAUUGUGUUUCAUGCGUAUCAAAGUUUUGUGGUGUGCCCAAUUCUUUGGCACGCUCUUCCAGGGGGAUCAGUGAACUGAUUAAGUACAGCGAAAGUUCUCCGCGCUACCCGCAACGACGCAGAGUUCGAUCAGUGCCUGUGAUUGCCCCGUGCAUUGUUCGGGGGUUUGUUAGAACGGAUGUUCGCUUGCGUGUGGGUCUGCUGUGUGCGACUAAGGCCUCCGUGUUCCAGGUGAUCGCGAUCGGAAGUGACAGCCGACAGGAAGCGGCAACCGAAACUAAACCCGAAGCCAGUGAUAGUGAAGGGGAAUUGCAUUAAACCAGGAUUCAGUGGGUCACUGGAUUCUAGCCAUAGUGAUCGGUGAUCCCAAUACGCCCCCUCGAAGUGUCUCAUCAUGCACAGGCUGAUAGUGCUGCUAUUGCUGUUGGCACUGCAAAUAGCGCACCAUCGUGCGGCCGGAAAUGUUCUAUUGCGACAAUUUCUCAUUACAGCUGUGGAACGCAACUGCGUUGUACCUCUCAAGCCGGACUGGUCCUACUCUUCGCCGCUGAUUUUCACACAGAACGGAGUGUUGGUUUCGCCCGAGAAUGAUAGUUACGAUGUGGAGGACAUUACGCUGGCCACUGGCGAUGAGGUGGUGCUCUCCUGCUCUCCAAACUACUUUCGCGAGUUUUCCUCCGAGAAGGUACUGUGGGCCCGGUGUAAAAAGGAUAAAACGUUUGUUAACGGUGCGGACAAGAACUUUGUAUCGGCGUUGUCAUGCAAGGAGCGACCAAUUGAAGAGAUCAUCGUCUCGGUGCGUGGCUGUCCGGCAACGUUACGCUCGAUCGAGUACGGCUUCACCAAUCCUGUCACCAACAAAUCCUACAUUCUCGGUGAGGCUUGCUACGACGUUAAAGUCGGCCGCACCCAUUUCAUCCACACGAAGGUAAAGUCCGGCACCAACAGCAUCGAGCAGCUAGCACUCAAAGUAAAGGACAACGUGACUUACUUCCAUGGCUACCAUCCGACGCAGCGCUACAAGGUGGACCUCAGUAAGGCGCUAAACAUCAACGAUCAAGCAGAACGCUUCCGACCCGUCUUCGGGCCGAAAAAUGCGCCCAAAAUCGAGGCCCGCCGGUACGUUAACGAGGCGCUGCUCACCCACCGACAGUAUCUUUCAGUAUUAAAGAUGGCCUGGAACUAUCAGAUCGUUAAGGAUCGCGAGCAACUUCUGAACCUCGACCGGCUGGUGCAGGACAUACGCGGCCUCGAGGUGCCCGAGGUGGAGAUCUACACCGGAGCGCAUGGCGUCAUGACGCUGCAGGACAAGCACAACCAGAGUGCGGAGGUGUACCUAGUGCGCGAGAACCGUUUCCCGGUACCGCAGCUACACUGGACGGUGGUCCGUUCGCAGGAGCGGGCAGUUGCCUUUGCCGUCUUUGGGAAGGCACCACAGACCGAGCAGGAGCGCGAGCGGCGCACUUUCUGCAUGAGCCAGUGCGAGCAGAUCUCAUGGCUGAAGAAGCUGCACGAAAAUGACGCGUGGCAGGAGGCUCGAGCCGGGUUCGUACUUUGCUGUGAGCUCGAAGAGUUUCGCCGUACGGUCAAGGAGAUGCCCCAGGUCACUGGGGUAAAGGCUGUGCUCGUGUAGAGCUCGGUGUUAUGCGACUAAUUGUGCUAUUGUAGAAAUCGAGGAAACUCCACAAAAAGGAAAUGAUGCAGCUUAAUUCGAUUGAAUCUCCUGUUCAGAUACCCGUCAGAACACGCCAUCACAAAACAACACAACAGUGGCAGAGGGUUUUGAUCCAACAGACCAACAGUACAGCUAUUCGGGCGGGCUAAGCGAUAAGGUACUGUUUUACUCUCUAUCGAUUGAUUGCUGCUGCUAGUACUUCCACAGCUACCACAACAACUACUACGACUACUUCUUCUGAAGUCUACCCGACCCUGCUCGAAGCACGGUGUCGGUAUUGUGAUUUGAAUUCACUUUGUGUGUAUGUGUGUAUUGUUUUAAAUUAAAACUCUAGCUGUUAGUAUGUAGUAUUUAAACAAAAAAACAAAAAACAAAACAAAAACAACACAUGAACAGAACUAGCAUUGCGCAAAUAAAAAGUACAAUUCGUUUAGUGUGCUUGAAACAUGAA